AUGAGCGGCGCGGGUGAUGACAGAUGGCGAGGAGGCCGAGGAUAUGAUCACGGCCGUCCUUCGGGCCAGCGACACCAGGGCGGAGGAUAUCGAGACCGUCAGAGCGGUACACACCAGCAGGACCGCCAUGGACACCGAAACCAGGUGAACAACAACAUGACUGCCACGGCAGCAUGGACAGGACCCCCGAGUGGUCCCUCGCGCGAACCCCAUAUCCCCGUUCGAGGAUUCAAUUCCGCCGAGCUAAAGGAUGCUCUAAGGAAAGAUUACAAGAAAGGCGGACAGGGCGGCCAACGGGCAAAGAUGGGAACCCAGCUCGACCCAGUGGACCUUGGGGUUCAAAGCGUACGCUCCCUUCCCUUCUCCGGCGUCGUUACGUUUAUAGCAACACCUGAAACUGACAAGGACUAG